GUUUAUUUCACAAAAAAAAAUUCCUUUGUGUAUCUUUGGAGGCAUAAUUUUUAUAUUGCUAAUUAAAAUUCGGGAUUACGCUUUACAAGAUAAUGUCUAAAUUAUUAACUAGUGCUCUAUAUAUAACAGGGGUCCAACUUUUUUAUUUUUAAAUGUUAUCAAAAUGUAUUGGUUCAUGUUCCUCUGCAUGGUAUUAGCUUGUGCUAGAUCACAAAUUGAUCUUGAACUUUUAGACACAGCUAAGAAUCCUUUUGUGUAUCUAGACGAACAAAAUUAUUCUUACGAAAACCACACAGUCGUCACGGAAGACGGUUACCGUUUGUUGUUAGUUCGAAUUCCUUACAACAGGAACGAAUCUUCAUCUAACACUUCCAGACCAGUAGUACUAUUUGUUCAUGGCCUGGAUUGCAGUUUCUACGACUACCUCAUUACUGGUCCAGGAAUAGCGUUUGGAUUCAAAGCUCUUGAGGCAGGGUAUGAUAUAUUUUUAUUGAAUACUAGAGGAAACAGAUGGAGCCGAAAUCAUACCACUUUAGAUCCUGACUUGAAUGCAGAUGCUUUUUGGGAUUUUAGCUUUCACGACGUUGGAUUAUAUGAUCUUCCGGCAACAAUUGACUACAUUCUUAAUGUCACUGGACUGACCAAACUGUCUUACGUAGGACACGCUCAAGGCAGUACAGCAUUUCUUGCCCUUACAAGUACCAUACCCGAGUAUAAUGACAAGAUUAAGGUGGCCUUCUUCUUGUCCCCCAUCGCAUACCUCGGUGAUGCUCUAUACUUCCUUUUCGUUUUACUCAAAACCAAUGUACCCUUGGUACAAACAGUUGCUGAAACCUUUCAUAUAAACGAGUUGUUGCCUUAUAGUCCUGUCGGCGCUGAAACUAGAAAGGUUUUAUGUAAUCCCAACUCGGCACUGCUACCGAUAUGUAGAGAAUACAUUUACGAAUCGUUUGGUCCUUCCGGUCAAAUAAAUGACUCUAUAUUAUCUGCUCACCUCCUGAAUUUUCCCGCAGGGGCUGCAUUUAAACAGCUUCUACAUUUCGUGCAAAAUGCUGCUACAGGUGAAUUUCGGAGGUACGACUAUGGAAUUAUAAAUAACCUAAUCAAAUAUGGACAAAUUACGCCUCCCGAUUACAAUCUUGGGGCAGUUACUACCCCUAUAGCCUUGUACUAUGGAGAAUACGAUUAUUUUGCCGCGGUGACUGAUCUUGACAGACUAGUGAGCGCCUUGCCAAACGUCAUAAGGAACGAGCUUAUCACGUCCGUGGUAACAAAUCAUUUCGAUGUACUGAUGGGAACUCUGACAGAACAGCUUGUCACUCUACCAGCUAUGGAGAUUUUAAAUGAAUACAACAAUUUGUAAGAUGUAUCUGACUUUUUUUGUUUUUCAACAAUGUAAGAAAAUAAAUACGUUCAAUUUCUC